AUGGCCAUCUCUCAAGAUCCCCAACGCGACCACCAGGCCGAAACGAAGACGGCAAAGCCAGUGCCAACUGAAAUCAACUUCAAGACCAACACUAUCGUCGAUGGAGUCCUACGCUAUCCUCCUAUUGGUGUCAAAGCCGUCAUCGUUGGUGGUGGAAUUGCUGGGCUUUUCGCUGCCGUCGAGUGUUGGAGGAAAGGUCUCGAAGUGGUAGUCCUGGAGAAAGCCGAUGAGGUCUCCAUGCACGGUGACGUGAUCGGCGUUGGCCCAUCUGCAUUGUCAACCCUCCAGAAUUACCCAACCAUGGUUCAAGAGUACAACGAUAUCGCAUACAGCGCACAUUGGCGUUUCUGCUUCGAAAAUGGCGAGCCUUUCACUGAACCCUUCGAGUACGAAUAUAAUGAUGAUGGACUGGCACAGCAUGCCGCCUAUCCUCUACGCAUCAAGUCCAUCAUCAAGCGGUCAGACCUUGCCAAGAUGUUGGCGGGCCAAUGCGAGAGGUUUGGCAUCCCCAUCCACUUUGGCGUGUCUAUCGCGGAAUACGAGGAAGACGACACCACUGCAACGGCUAUUUCCGAGGAUGGUCGCCGCUUUUCUGGUGACGUCGUGAUCGCUGCUGAUGGCAUCGGAACCAAGUCGCAUGCUGUGGUACUGGGAUAUCCAACGCGGGCCAAUAGCACGGGUUUUGUCAAGUUCCGCGCUGUCGUCCCCACGUCCAGUCUCGCCCAUAUUCCCAUCGUGCAAAAAAUCAUGAACAAGGAGCAGAGGCCGGAAGUGCGUCUUUACAUGGGUGGUUCGGAAGGCCGACACCAUGCGGUGACUAUUUUGCCAGACGUAGUCUGCUACGCCUCGGCAGUCAAGGACAAUGGCGGCGCAUCUGAGUCCUGGUCUGGUCGCGUGGACGGUGCUUAUGUGCUAUCCCAAAUGGACAACCUCGACAAGAUUGAUCCCCUCAUCGUCGACGGAUUCAAGGCAUUGUCGUCAGACAAGUCAAUUGUUCAUUGGCUCUUGGCCAUGCGCAAUCCCCAGGGAAAAUGGGUAUCAAAGGGUGGUCGCAUCGUGCAAGCUGGGGAUAGCGCACACAGCUUUCUCCCGACCUCGGGCAGUGGUGCAACUACAGCUAUCGAAAGCUCCCUUACUAUUGCCGAAUGCUUACGGCUUGGGGGUAGCAACGUCAGCCUUGCUACUAAAGUAUACCAACUGCUCAGAUACCAGCGCGUGUGUAUCCUCCAGCAGACAGGCUUGCGGAAUCGCCAGCAGAUGUCUAGUCAACCCUCCAGUGAUAUCCUACGCCAGGGCAAGUGGCAUUGGGCUCAUCAACCAGAGACGUACGCAAGGGACAACUUCUCUAAGGCUCGGGCUCAUAUUGAGAACGACGCUCCGUUCGAGAACACGAACUUGCCCCCUGGCCACAAGUUCAAGGAGUGGUCACUUGAAGACGAAAUGGCCAAGGAGCAGGCUGGUAUCUUUUCAGCCGACUUGAAGACCAACGGAGACUGGGGCUUGGUUUAG